AUGAUCAGACGACCAAAAACUUCAACUUGGAUUAAAGUACGAUGUGUGUACUCAAUUUGCAAAGGCUGGGCACUAUGUUCUGGCGAAUUUGUCUUACUUGUAACCUCAGAUGUGCCAAAUGUUUCUUUGCAUGCCAAAUCCAUGGUCAAAAGAUACAGCCAGCUCAUGAAACACUUCGAUUCAUCACGGAGGCAUUCGAAUGUGCCGUUAUUGUCCAUCUUGAAAAGCUUGAAAUCUCAAAGUAACGCCCUCACCCUACUGGCUACUCACUCCAACUUAGCCCUCUCGAGGCUUCGGCAUAAUGUCUUCUACCUUUACACAUUUGGGUUCCCAAAGGUCCGUCUCAUCUCCCAUCCAAACGGGACUGCGACCAGGCAUCCCGUACCCAGGCCCGGUAUGGUUCCCUUCCGGGCCCCGGCCCCGAUGUGGCGGCGGUGGUAUCGGCUCAGAUCCAUUCCCCGGCUUGUGAUCAGAGGGCGGCCUCGGCCGUCUUCCGCCCCAAACAGACUUCAGCAAUGGCCACAUGGGAAUGUAGCAGCGCUCAUCCCAUUCGCAAACCCUUUGGCAUCGAAUGAACUCUCCCUCCCAUCCUACCCAAGCUCUCAAACUUCCUAG